AUGGAAGAGCAUAGCUCUUUUGCUAGAGUGGACACUGCACCAACCAGCUCAUAUCGACCUCGCUUGCGCCAUUCGCUCAUGAUCUUCGCGAUGUGCUCGACAGUAUUUCAUUGGCUAGGCGGGGCAAGUUACCUCCUCCCAUCCGUCGGCCAAGACGAACAGCAGAGCCCAGCGGAGAACAAGACAUUCAGUUGGGACACUGUAGAGCCCUCGACAUCACUGGAAUACUCUUCCUGCUAUGAAGGCUAUCAAUGCGCGAAGCUCGAACUCCCCAUGGACUAUUGGAACGGCACAACGGACGCCAUGGUGACUCUUGCCUUGGUCAAAAAGCCAGCUGCUGUACCUGUCACUGAUCCUCGAUACGGCGGCGUUAUCCUGAUGAAUCCCGGUGGACCUGGUGGUCAUGGUGUCGGAUUCAUCCUCAGAGUUGGAGAGCAACUCAGCAGCCUACUCAACUUCCCUGGCGACGAUGGUGAUGAUGGCAAACAAUUCGACCUGAUCUCCUUCGAUCCGAGAGGAGUGGGUUUGUCCACACCCAGACUUUCGUGUUUCCAAGGCAAUACAAUUCUUGAACAAGCCUGGCUUGUUCGUGAGUGGGAGGAAGGAUCUUUCAAUGCCUCUGACAUUGCAUUUGGUCGACUCUGGGCCAUGUCCAAAGCAAGAGUAGAGAGUUGUGCUAUUACCUCUGAAGAGCCUGACAUCAAGAGAUAUGUCACCACGGCCUAUGUCGCCCGAGACAUGCUAGAGAUCGUUGAGAAGCAUGAUGCUUGGCGAGCUCAAGAAGCGAGACGACUGUCAGCAUCUCAACACCACGAGGCGAUUGAUGCUCAUCACUUCGAAUACCAACCCGGAACGGCAAACCUGCAGUAUUGGGGAUUCUCCUAUGGCACAUACCUCGGUUCAGUAUUUGCUGCCAUGUUUCCCGAACGAGUUGAGCGUCUCGUACUAGAUGGUGUUGUUGAUGUCGUCGACUAUCAACAAGCAGCAUGGGCCACCAACCUGGUAGAUACGGAAAAGACGAUGGAUUCAUUUUAUCGCUUCUGCGCUGAAGCAGGCUACCCUGCCUGCGCACUGGCAAACUCUCAUGGAAAGACAAGGCCCGAAGAAGUCAAGCAACGAACUUUCGACAUCAUGCAAAACCUCCACGAGAAUCCACUGGCAGUCAUAGGUCCAAACCCUGAAGUCAUCACCUCGAACGACAUACGCAUGUUGAUCUUCCGGACGACUUCAACCAACGAUCUGCCUAACUCACCCGAUGCAGAGAUCGGAAUCGCAUGUACUGACGGCGACGAUCAGACCAAAAUGAACAAAACGACAUUCGCAAGUUUCGUUGACGAGCUUGCGGAAGUCUCACCCACUAUCGGCGAUAUCUGGGCAUCUAUCCGGAUGAGUUGUAUACACUAUCCAUUACGUGCCGUCCAUCGAUUCACAGGUCCUUGGGAAGCGACAACUGCGCAUCCAAUCCUCUUGAUAGGCAAUACCGCAGAUCCUGUCACACCCCUCAACGAUGCUUUGAGAAUGUCUGAUCGAUUGGCUGGUAGUGCGACCUUGAUUCAAGAUUCUGCGGGACAUUGUUCGUUGAGUGCGUAUAGUGAAUGUACUGCAAAGUUUGUGAGGCAAUACUUCCACACGGGCAAGCUGCCACCAGCCAACACGACUUGUGCGGUCGAUGAGAAACCUUUUGAGGUUAAAGAGGCUGCGAUGAGGACCAUUGCUCAUGAGCAGCAUAAGGAUAUUGCUGAUGCCUUUUUCAAGUUUGGAGUGGGUCGACGUGUCGGAGGAACUGGUUGAAUUUCGAGCUUUGUUGCACAUCGUUGAUGUCUCUGUGGACAAGGAAC